AUGAACGCCCUCGCUGAACUACGCCGACGCUUCACCACCGCGCUCGAAGGCCUCGCCGACGACCCGGCCGCGCUGGCCGAGAUGGUCUUGCCGAGCCAGGACGCCAAGUUCGGCGACUACCAGGCGAACUGCGCGAUGCCGCUGGGCAAGAAGCUCGGCAAGCCGCCGCGUGACGUGGCGGGCGAGAUCGUCGAGCGGCUCGCGGCGCACGAGGGCUUCGCCAACCUCUGCGAGCCGCCCGAGAUCGCCGGGCCGGGGUUCAUCAACCUGCGGCUACGCGACGCGUGGCUGACCGAGCAGCUCAAGACCGCCUUGGCGAGCGACCGCCUGGCCGUCGAGCCGGUUGCCGAGCCGCGGACGUACGUCGUCGACUUCUCGAGCCCGAACGUCGCCAAGCCGAUGCACGUGGGGCACAUCCGCUCGACGGUGAUCGGCGACGCCCUCUGCAGCGUCCUCCGCCUGCUCGGCCACCAGGUGAUCUCCGACAACCACAUCGGCGACUGGGGCACCCAGUUCGGGAUGAUCAUCUACGGCUACAAGCACCUGCGCGACGACGCGGCGCUCGCCGCGUCGCCGGUCGCGGAGCUGGGCCGGCUCUACAAGCUCGUGAACCAGGUCGCCGACCACCAGGCGACCGUCGCCGAGAAGCUGCCGGCGCUGGCGGAGAAGAUCGCGGCGGCCGACGCGAAGGUCGCCGAGCUGCAGGCCGUCGAGCCGACAGGCGACGCCAAGAAGGACAAGCAGGCCGCCAAGAAGCUCCGCCAAGCGGAGGGCGCGCUGGCGGACCUCAAGAAAGAACUCGCGGCGACGGAGGCCAAGGUCGCUGACUUCCUCGCUGACGAGCGACUAGCGACCCUCAACGAAGAGCACCCGCGGAUCGGCGCCGCUGCGCUCGCCGAGACAGCGAAGCUCCACAGCGGCGACGAGGAGAACGUCGCCCUCUGGGAGCGGUUCCUGCCGGCCUGCCUCGCGGAGUUGCAACUCACCUACGACCGGCUCGGCGUGUCGUUCGACCACACGCUCGGCGAGAGCUUCUAUCACGACCGGCUGGCCGGCGUCGUCGACACGCUCAAGGCGAGGGGCCUGGCGCGUGAGUCGGAUGGCGCGCAGUGCGUGUUCCUCGAAGGGCACGACGCCCCGUUCAUCGUGCAGAAGAAGGACGGCGCCUUCCUCUACUCGACCACCGACCUGGCGACGAUCGACUACCGCCGGGCGGAGUGGUCGCCCGACGCGGUGCUGUACGUCGUCGAUCACCGGCAGUCGCUGCACUUCGAGCAGCUCUUCGCCACCGCGAAGCUCAUGGGCUACGACGGCGAGCUGACGCACGUCGCCUUCGGCACGGUGCUCGGCGAGGACGGCAAGCCCUACAAGACCCGCAGCGGCUCGGCGGUCGGCCUGAUGGGCCUCCUGGACGAGGCGGUCGAACGCGCCGGCGCGAUCGCCGCGAAGAGCCAGGUGCUCGAGACCGACGCGGAGCGGGCCGAGGUCGCCGAGCGGAUCGGCAUCGGCGCGAUCAAGUACGCCGACCUCGCGCACAACCGCACCAGCGACUACGUCUUCAGCUACGACAAGAUGCUCGCGAUGCAGGGCAACACGGCCGCGUACAUGCAGUACAGCGUCGCGCGGGUGAAGAGCCUCUUCGCCAAGGGGGACGUCGACCCGAGCGACCUGCGGUCUUCCGACGCGCAGCUACGCCUCGACCACGCCGCCGAGCGCGCCCUCGGCAUCGAGCUGCUCCGUUUCAGCGAGGCGCUCGGCCGCGUCGCCGCCGAGUACAAGCCGAACCACCUGACGGCGUACCUGUUCGACUUGGCGCAGCGGUUCGCGGAGUUCUUCGAGCAAUGCUCCGUCCUGAAGGCGGACGACGCCCAGGCGAAGGCGAGCCGGCUGUUGCUGUGCGACCUGGUGGCGCGGACGCUGGAGACGGGGCUCGGGCUGCUGGGGAUCCGGACGUUCGUUAUCGCUCUCUUGCUCGCGGCGUUAGCCGUGGCUGCAACAUCGGUCAUUUCUAAGGGACGCUACGUAGAGCAGCUUCCGGACGGAGGAACUCUGACCAUCCGUUUCCACGAUUUGUUGAGCAACUGCGAGGUUCCCGACGCGGCCAUCGUGCCCUUCGUGCCUUCGGGGUUCCUACCGGCCCCGCGACGACGGUUUGCCCGCCUCCCGGUCGGUCCCGUACACUGCGUGAUUCGCCGCCCCCCGCUCGAGAACCUCGGCGCCGCGUUCAAGACGCUCCGCGGCCAGGGGAAACUGACCGAGGCGAACAUGCGCGACGGGCUGAAGCUCGUCGAGAAGUCGCUGCUCGAAGCGGACGUCUCCUACGAAGUCGCCCGCUCGUUCAUGAAGCGGGUUUCCGAGCAGGCGCUCGGCGAAAAGGUCCUGAAGUCGCUGCGGCCCAGCGAGCAGGUCAUCGGCAUCGUCUAUCAGGAACUGGUGAACCUGAUGGGCCCGGUCGACCACUCCUUGCACCUCAAGGGCAAGGGGGACGUCACCGUCCUGAUGAUGUGCGGCCUGCAGGGCUCGGGCAAAACGACUACCUGCGGCAAGCUCGGGCGGAUGCUCAAGGCGAACGGCCGCAAGCCGUUGCUGGUGGCCGCCGACCUGCAGCGUCCCGCGGCGAUCGAUCAGCUCCACGUGCUGGGCGAGCAGCUUGAUAUCCCGGUGUUCAGCGAUCGCGAGUCGCAGGACCCGGUCAAAGUGACCGCCAACGCCGUCGAGCGGGCGAAGAAGCUCGAGGCGGACGUCGUCAUCCUCGACACGGCGGGCCGCCUGCACAUCGACGACGAGCUGAUGGGGCAGCUCAAGCGGAUCGACAACCGUUGCUCGCCGGACCAGGUCUACCUGGUCGUCGACGGCAUGACGGGCCAGGACGCCGUCAACAGCGCCAAGGCGUUCAACGACGCGUUGGAGCUCGACGGCGUCAUCAUGACGAAGCUCGACGGCGACGCCCGCGGCGGCGCGGCGAUCAGCGUCAAGGAAGUGACCGGCGUGCCCCUGAAGUUCAUGGGCACCGGCGAGCACCUAGAGAACCUCGAGCCGUUCCACCCGGAGCGGAUGGCAGGCCGCAUCCUCGGCCAGGGCGACAUGAUGUCGCUGGUCGAGAAGGCGCAGAGCGAGUUCGACCAAGAGGAGGCCAAGCGACUCGAGGAGCAGCUCGCCAAGGGCGAGUUCACGCUCGACGACUUCCUCAAGCAGAUGCAGCAGAUCAAGCGGCUCGGGCCGCUGAAGAAGGUCAUGGGCAUGAUCCCCGGCAUGGGGUCGAUGCUCGGGGACCUCGACGAUCUAGACGCCGAGGGCGACCUCAAGCGGCUGCAGGGCAUCAUCCACUCGAUGACGCCCGAAGAACGCCGCAAGCCGAAGGUCAUCGACCAGAGCCGCCGCAAACGGAUCGCCGCCGGGUCGGGCGUCGAGCCGCACGAGGUGAACGAGCUGGUCAAGCAGUUCGACACGAUCGCCCCGAUCAUGACCUCCAUGGCGGGCAAGGGCGCCGGCGACCGCAUGAAGAUGAUGCGGGAAGUCCAAGCCCAGAUGGCCGGCAGCCCAACCGGCCAGCUCAACCGCAAGAAGCAAGGCACCGGCAAACGCCUGACGUCCAAGGAUCGAGCCAAGGCGCAAAAAGACCGCCAGAAGCGCCUAAAGCAGCUCAAGAAGCAAAAGAAGGGCGGCUGA